AAAGAAUGGACGUUAAUGGUAUUAUUGUAAUAUAAGAAAACUACAUGGAAACUUUGUUAAUCAAGUCCUGCGUGGUUUCUUUUCUUUAUACCCGUUCCCCAUCUCUUCGCCUCCACUAAACCCCUUCUCUCCCAUUGCCAACUGCUCCCUCCUCUGCUGCAAGAGAACUUUAAGAUAGACAAAGAAGAGAAGGCUAAAUGGGUACACCUCCAUUUUUUAUGAAGAAAGUCUACGAAGCAGCCUCGGAAGGAGACUGGAAUUCGAUGAAAACAGCUUACAAUGGACCACAUGAUAAGUACAUGAUGGCUCCAAUAACGGUUUUAAAAGAUACUGCAUUUCACUUGGCAGUGUAUAGCAGAAAGGAUGAACCGCUUAAAAGUCUACUUAAAAUUGUUGAUGAAAAAUCAAUUCCCUGGAGUCCCUGUACAUUAAAGAAUGCGUAUGGAAACACUGUUCUUCAUGAAGCUGUUUUUACUGGAAAUAUGAAAGCUGUAAAGCUCUUACUCCAGUUUAAACCUACAGAAAAGCGUGAAAGUGAUACUUCAAAGCAACUUGAGACUAAAAACGCGCUUGGGGAGACUCCAUUGUAUAGAGCUGCUUCAUGUGGUAAGAAAGAAAUAGUGGAGUAUUUAGCUACACAAAUGGGCCAAAUCUCAGAGGAUCACCGCAAGAGAGAAGAUUCAAAGCCGAUUCUUCAUGCUGCCAUCCAAGGACAACACUUUGAAACUGCUCUGACGUUGCUCGAACUGGAUCGAUCACUUGAUAUGACGGACGAACAGGGCAGGACCGGUCUUCAUCUCCUUGCUGGGAUGCCUCGUGCUUUCAAGAGUGGAUGCGCAAUGCCCAAAUAUUCCAUUAAGAACCUGAUAUACUGUUGCCUUUCCGCAUCAAAUGGUGAUGUUGACCAGAGCAAGAGUAAAAAAGGAUGGAAAAUUGGAAAAAUCCAGAAAAAAAAGAACAAGCAUGAAUCUGCACUGAAACUUGCCCGGUGGCUUAUAGAAAAGAACAAGCAUCAUUGGUGGCAAUCUAUCAAUGUAGUGGGUUCUAACAUAGUUAAUAUCGAAACCCCUGGUCAAGGAGGAAGCAGACAACAAAGUGAUGGACAAAAGGGUGGAAGAAACCCAGGGGAAGGAGUAGGAAAAGAAGGACAAGGAGGAGAUCCAGGGGAUGGAGGAGGACACCCGUUGUUUAUAGCAACUAGUAAUGGAAUAGAAGAGAUUGCUAAAGAAAUACUUCAAAAAUUUCCUCAAUAUGUUGAGCUUAUUAAUGAAACAGGACAGAACAUAAUGCAUGUAGCUGUGAUGCAUCGACAGUGGGCGAUUUACCGUUUUGUAGAGAAAAAGUUCAAACCAAUUAUGGUCAAGCUGAGUUGGAAGAUCGAUAAUAAUGGCUACACUUUGUUACACCACAUUGCACACAUGAAGCACUACCGCGGAGGAACCAAGCCCAGCCCCGUGCUCAAGCUACAAGAAGAAAUACAAUGGUUCAAGGUGAGUUAGCUACUCUUGUACUAUCGUAACCCCAUGUCAUAUUUUUAUGAGAUACAUGUUGGAAGAAACUCUAGGUGUGGUAGAAGCUAAUCCCUAAAGAGCAAAACUAAACAACAAGAAAUAUUUGAGAAAAAUAAUGUUUUUCAUUAAGUGUUUUCUCAAAGUUACUCUUAAACUCUUCUGCAUGCAUCUAUCACAUU